CGGUGAGGUGCCGGUACUCAAGAGUAGGUAAGCUAGUUGACACGAUGAUGCUAUGGCCGGAUGGGGGCAUUAGGCAGUUGAGCAACAAUGUUGAGAGGCAUGCUGCAGUGCAGUGUUGUAAUCUCCCCACUCGAGAGUAUAAAUAUGUGUAGCAGCCUCGCAUUUGCAUUCCCUCCAACUCAUCAACCCCAUCUACCCAAGCAAUUUCGAUACACUCGCUACAUCCUUCACCAUGAAGUACGCUCUCGCAUUCGCAGGUCUCGUCGCUGGUGCUCUCGCCGGAGGAGAGUGCUACGCUCCUCCCCCAAAGUCACAGUCUUCGGGCUACUAUGCUGCUGCCCCGGCGUCCUCUACCUACACUGCUCCUCAGUCGACGUCCACCUCCGCCCCCGGCACUGGUUACUUCGGUGUCAUCGCUUCUCGUAGCGCGACUGACAUCCACCUCCAGGCCGUGCAAGCUCGUGGAGGAAAGUUCUACAUCGGUGCCGGCCCACCAACCAGCUUUUGCCCCGUUGAGAGUGUCGGCGCUUCUAGCUGCCCUUCCGGCAACUCUACCGUCUUCGCUGGCGGCGACAGGACGCUAUCUCUCGGGACUGUUGUGCCCGGCGGCCAGCAAGUCUACGUCGCCCCUGACGGCGCGCUCAGCUACACCAUCGCUCAUUCUGCGUACAUUCCCCCCGGCUCUUAUGUCGACGAUUUCAGCAUCACUCCUGCCGCCAGCGCCAACACACUCGGGACCCUCAGCUUUGAGACUGGUUUCACUGCGUGCCCUGUUGGCGCCGCUGGUGCCGGUUACCAGGUGUACGGCCAGACUCAGAACUUCGAGGCCAGCUCUGAUUGCAUUGGCUUCACAGCCCAGACCAUUGCGGUCGACCACCCCGGUGCGUGGCAGUACUAGAUAUCCUGGAUAUUGCCAGGCUACGAUUUAUUGAGACCAAGUACUCUUUAAUAAUUAAUGUAAUUGGAAUAAGGAAAGAGGAUGAAGUCGCUGUACUUUAGACGUACAUAUAACCACUAUUGAGCUCCGUUCAACAGUAAAGAUUUUAUUCGCUCGAG